AUGCUCGCGGGCGAGGGAUACCAGGCGCGCUAUAAGCGCAGGCUGGCGGACUCUUCGCCGCUCGGCCCAUUUGAGCCGCCGCGCACCGUCGUCGGCCGCGCGCUCCUCGCAGAGGCAGCGCAGGAGGGGCUGGUGCCGAGGCGAUCGCCGACCUCGAACACGGGGUAUCUAGGCGUCCACUACACGGGCACGAGCUUUGAGGCAGUCCAGCAGGCGGGGAGGGAGGGCCUGACUCUGGCUACGAGCAGCAGCAGCAGCAGCGGCUACAAAGGCGUGACCUACUACCCGAAGGAGCGAGCCAGCAAGAAGUACAAGCUGCAAGGCGUCGCAGAGUCGGGCUGCAAGUGGUCCCUCAUCGCGCAGCUCCUGCCCGGCCGCUCCGACGACGCGGUCCGCAACAGGCGCGGGCCGGCGUGGCACCGCCUCGAGAAGGCGGAGAGGCAGCGGCGCGAGGCGCUCGAGGCGGGCCGGCCGGUGGAGGGGUACCGCUGCCGCAAGUGCGGCCACUUCAAGAAGGGGCACAUUGCCCCCUUUGGCACUUUACUCUCCUGUCCCGCGUGA